UGGCGGUCUGGGAUUUGUUACCUGUGUUGAGCUGAGGACGUUGCUUGGAUAGGGUGAUCGGGGAAGGCUCGCGGGGCGGGGUGCUUGAAUCGAUACAGAUAGAUCCUGUGAUGGACCUGUCUACUGGGCCCCGAGUGACGCCGGAGCCGGCGAGAAGCGAGGACAGCUCCCCGCCGCCGGCGAACGGCUCGUCGCCGACGGCCGGCGAGACGACGCCGCCGGCUGACGCCUCGCCCCCGGCCCCGAAGCAGUCGCCCAGCUCGCCGUCGGCCCAGCCGGCGGCGCUGCCCCCUAAGGCGGCCGCCACCGGCGCCAUCCCGCGCGAGCUGCACCUGCUGAUGCAGCCCGACGACGGCCCCAACGACGUCAUCUUUGUCACCGGGUUCGGCCCAUUCGGCACGCACGUGGUCAAUGCCAGCUGGGAGGCGGUCUGCCGACUGCACGAGGUGGGCGUGGCCGAGGAGCUCGGCGUCCAGCUCGUCAUCGAGGAGGUGCCCGUCACCUACGAGUACGUGAUGCGUGAGAUCCCGAAGCGGUGGCGCGAGCUGCGGCCGCGCCUGGUGGUGCACGUGGGCGUGUCGGCGCAUACGAUGACGCUCCAGCUGGAGCGCGUGUCGCACAACGGGCCGUACCAGCGCGACGACGUGCACCAGAGGACGCCGCCGGAGCACUGCUGCGUGCCCGGCCGGCCGUCGACGCUCUGCACGCGGCUCGAUCUGGCGCGCACCUGCAAAGCCAUCGGCAACAGCCGCUCCGCCAUCGACGCCAGCGUCUCCGACGACGCCGGCCACUACCUGUGCGACUUCAUCUACUUCACGUCGCUGAGCCAGGACCCGGGCCGCGCCGUGUUCGUGCACGUGCCGCCGCUGGGCAUGCCGUACACGGCCAACCAGAUGGCCGACGGCCUGGCCGAGGCCAUCCGCGACCUGUACGGCCAGGUGCUAGAGAUGGACCGGCCGGCCGUGCGCGCGCUCGACCUCAGCUGCCCGGGCCAGCGGCGCGUGUGAGCGGCGCCGCCGCCGCGCCCGGGCCGGCGCGAGGCGCCAGGGGCGCGGGGCAGUGUCGGGCUCGUCAGCGGGCGCAGCCAGCGGGGGACUGGCGCCGGUGGUGAGGGCGCUCGCACCGGCUGAUCGCCCCGGGGGGCUGACACGCUGGGAGGCGCCGGACAGUGACCGGGUCUCGUUCCAGCGGGCACGCAGACGUAUCUGUGAACGCAGGGGCGGACGGGCGGAAAAUGCCGGCCGUGCUGCCAGCUUCCAGUAAUAGGUUUUUCAUCAGAUAAGUUUGAAUUGUAACGGAGUUCUUCCUGGCGUGCCUAGAGCUGUCGGAAAGGUAGGGUGGCUUCAGUUGUACCGGUGUACAAAUGUUAAGACUGAGCCGGUCGAUGGCGUGGCUGCAUAUUUUAGGCUGUAUUGUUGCCUCGUAAGUUCCAUUGAUGCGGUUAAGUGAAGAUAAUUUUUCUCUUGUGCAAUAUUGGGAUCUUCUGUCUUGUGCAGCUGUUUGUGAAAUGUGCCGGGCGAUGCCCCUGCAUUUCGCGACCUUGUUGCCCCUACACGUUAACAUGCAUUCUUCAUCGUGACUCAAAAUGAUCGGAGGGUGUUUUUUUUUCCAUUUCCUCUUGGGGAGGGGAUGAGGAGGAGAUGACGCCACAUUUCCAGCCAGGUCGCCUGUCGUGACGCUACACAUAUCGACGUACUUGUAUUGACCCGAACCCCCCUUUAAAGGACCAAAACCCCUUAAAAAGGACUGAAACCCCGAUGAAAUGUCAUUGACCCCGAGGGAGCCUCAUGACAAUGCCAGCGCCAGGUGGUGGGUGCUGUGCUGAAUGAGAGCGGGCGGGUGACAUUCAGUCAGCCGCCCAGCCAUGCCAGCGCCAGGUGGUGGGUGCUGUGCUGAAUGAGAUCGGGCGGGUGACAUUCAGUCAGCCGCCCAGCCAUGCCAGCGCCAGGUGGUGGGUGCUGUGCUGAAUGAGAUCGGGCGGGUGGCAUUCAGUCAGCCGCCCAGCCAUGCUUGUAAGUACAGCAGGGUCUGGAGGUAUGCUUCUGUACUUGGUGGCGUGUCAGAGUUGGCGAUGCGUCUGCGGCUGCGUCUGCGACAGCGUCUGUAACGGUACGUCUGCGACGGCGCCCGCUGUGACUUCCUGUCCACGUGUUGCGCGGGGUGCACAGCCAUGUUUGUCACCCGUUUAGGUGAGCAUGGAGGGAACCCGUGUUGUCCGUGAUGCCUUUUCAUUCCACAUGUGACCCUUUUUAAGUGGGUUCAGUAUGUGACGUGUGGUCGCGGUGAGAGGUGGAACGGGGGCCUGAUCGUUGUGCUUCGGGAACACCAUAUCGCCUGGCUCACUAGACGGUGUAUGCGCCACGCGCCUGGUCUGCCGAGUUUUAACCGCGUAUGUGUUGCCUACGACUUGCCGGCGGAAGCUGUCGAUGGCAUUUGUGAUACGUGACUUGGAUAAUAAACGGAUAUGUGUUGCG